AUGGGAUCAACUGGAAACACCCUCGUCGUUCGUGUACCCGCAGGACAACCCCCUCAGUUGGUCCAGGAGCAAUAUCCGCUGCCUUCACCCAACGCCGGCCAGGUGCAGGUGAAAGUAUCGCACGUGGCACAGAACCCGACAGAUGUACAAUGUUUCGAGGUAAAUGCCUUCGAAGACGGGGCGGUCCUGGGAUGUGACUUUGUUGGGGAGGUAACCGAGCUUGGUAGCGGGGUGACUCGUCUUGCCAACGGUGAUGUUGUGGCGGGUCUCAUCUGGGGAGGUAGGAGAGGUCAGGUCCCCGGCUUAGGUGGCUAUAGCGAAUAUACCGUGGCAGAUCAGCAAAUCUCCUUCAAGCUCCCGCUGGGUAUCUCGAAGGCGCAGGCGAGUACUGUCCCCUUGGCAGCAGCGACCGCAUGGCUCGCCCUGUUCUCCAAGGGCUGUUUGAAUCUCGACCGCUCCAGCGUCACAGACACCAUUGUGUUGGUGUGGGAUGGCAGCUCCAGUGUCGGUCUUUAUACAAUCCAUCUGGCGUCUAUCUGUGGUUUUGACGUGAUCACAACCUGCAGUCCUCGCAAUGCAGACCUAGUGCAGUCUUGCGGGGCCAAACAUGUGUUCGACUAUAAUGAUCCAAAGGUCAUCGAGCACAUUACGCAGGCUGCUCCCAAUCUCCAACACAUUUUCGAUACGAUUGGCAAUACUACGUCCUCGUCCAUCGCUUCUCGAGCCCUUGGUGACCGCAAAGGAAAUCUCUGUACUGUCCGGCCGGGAAAGGCCAACACCGAGUUGGUCACUCCCAAUACACAUGUGACUGAUAUCCUCGUGUGGACUGCAUUCCUGAAGGACCAUCGCUAUGCCCAGUUCCAUUGGCCGGCCUCACUAGAAGACCAUGAGCUCUCCCGUGAGCUAUUUGAGAAUCUACCAACGUGGUUUGAGCAGGGUUUGGUCAAACCGAACAAGCCCCGGGUGCUUCAGGGUCUCCAGGCCGUCACCAAUGGGCUCCAGGAAUAUCGGGAUGGCAUCGUCUCUGCCUAUAAAAUUGUGUACAAACUAUGA